UCAAUGGUCAAACGCUCAAAGCUGAUGGUGAGCGAGCUUCAGAUCCAGUUGGUCUUCCAGAGAACAGUUUUCCUGUCCAGAUCUCUCUUCUGUUGACUCUAAUCCCUCGAAAACCUUGCUCCCUUCCACGCCGAACACCAUGUUUUUCGGAUUCGGAAACAUCAUAUACAUCUGUGUGCUCGUCACAAAUGCAGUCACGAUACUAAGCGAAGACCGGUUCCUCGCCAGAGUGGGAUGGAGCGGCGCACCGAUCGACGCGGGAUUUGGAGGGCAGGCGGACACCUCGAGCGUCACGGCGAAGAUGCUGAGCCUGAUGACGAGCAUUAGGAUGGUGGUCCGAGUUCCCCUCAUCGCGCUUAACAUCUUCAUAAUCAUAUACGAGCUCAUCCUCGGGUGAGGGGGGGUUAUUUAUAUCAAGUUCGAGGGUACAUUAUUCGAAGCGUCCGACGUGUUAUGAGCCAGCAGUCGACCGCGCCGGUCGUGCUUUCAGGGACGCCUGUUCCGAGCUCCGACUAAGGGACGCCGAGCCUCGACAUAGCGCCAGAAGUACGGCCUCUAUGAGAAACGCACAACGGCAGGGAGGGGGCAAGCUUCGUUCACGGUGUUCAAGUGCCUGGGAUAUGUCCGAGAAUGGGAUGAGAGUACUGGAGGAGUAUGGCCGGAUCGGGGUGGGAGUGACGAGACACAUAGGAGCAAACGAGGCGUCGGACGACGAUGCAGGAGAUCAAUCGAUUACUUCACCUGCUGUUUAUGUUCAUCUUUGCGUAUCUGCCCCGCGGCUGGGCUCGUCCUCUUCUUAAAUUCCAUCGGCGUUUCCCGCUUCUCCGCCCGUCCAACCAUCUUCUUCCAAACUGACGGCUCCUUCC